CGGGAGGGGGAGGUGGGAGCAGGGCACGUGCACCAGAAACACUUCCUAGAAACAGCAAGUACGCUGCUCAACCCUGCCUGAACUUUCCCUGUAAACACAGCUCGCUGACAGAACGGCAUCCCUCCCUGCGUGGUGGAUCCUGCAACUCCUAGAGGGAAUGGCACUUCUUGUUUUUAAUUAGCAAGGUGAAAGGUGAAUUAAAACUAGCUGUUUGGCAAGUCAGUGCAGGAGGCUGUCUGAGAGGCUUCACGGAGCCAGAGACGAGCUGAGCGAUAGGAAGGCAGUGCGUGUGCUUGGGGGCUUUUUCCUGAAUGAACUGCUUGCAGAAGUGACUAAAAAAUACAGUUUCUUCUGGAGCCUACCGGCGUAGUUACCGAACUGAGUGCAGGACAUGGCUCUGAAGACUCACUCCUUGGAAUGUCCUCUUGCUCCCGGCUUCUAAACAACUGUCCGGGGGAAAGAAAGGUUUUGCAUAUCUAAAUACCGCCUGACAAAUGGCAGUUUGGAACUGUGCUCUCUGAUGACAACGCGUUUGAUUUCUCACAAAGCCUCUCCAACGCCGCCCCCGCAGGGGAGUCCUAAGUAAAACUCAAACCCGUCUUAAAUUCAGGAUCGGAGGGCUUGCACGGUGAGCGGCAGUAUGGCAUCCGCGGGACACGUUCUCACCUGGCUCCUGUGGGGUUACUUACUGGAGCUCUGGACCGGAGGUCACACAGCUGAUACCACUCACCCCCGGUUACGCCUGACACAUAAAGAGCUCUUGGAAUUUAACAGAACAUCCAUCUUCCAUAGCCCUUUUGGAUCUCUUGAUCUCCAUACAAUGCUGCUAGAUGAAUAUCAAGAGAGACUCUUCGUGGGAGGCAAAGACUUUGUGUAUUCCCUCAGCUUGGAACAGAUCAGCAAUGGCUAUAGAGAGAUAUACUGGCCCAGUACCUCACUAAAAAUAGAAGAAUGCAUAAUGAAAGGAAAAGAUGCAAGUGAAUGUGCCAAUUUUGUCCGGGUUUUACAUCACUAUAAUAGGACACAUCUUCUCGCCUGUGGCACUGGAGCUUUCGACCCACUUUGUGCCUUCAUCAGAGUCGGGUACCAUUUGGAGGAUCCCCUGUUUCACCUGGAAUCACACAGGACUGAGAGAGGAAGGGGCAGGUGUCCUUUUGAUCCCAACUCCUCCUUCAUCUCAACGUUAAUUGGCACGGAACUGUUUGCUGGCCUCUACAGUGACUACUGGGGCAGAGAUGCGGCAGUGUUCCGGAGCAUGGGGCGGCUGGCUCACAUCCGCACCGAGCAUGAUGACGAGCGCCUGUUGAAAGAACCAAAAUUUGUAGGUUCAUAUAUGAUUGCUGACAAUGAAGACCGAGAUGACAACAAAGUGUAUUUCUUUUUUACUGAGAAGGCCUUGGAAGCAGAAAACAAUGCCCACGCCAUUUACAGCAGAGUGGGGCGACUUUGCUUGAACGACGUGGGAGGACAGAGAAUACUGGUGAACAAGUGGAGCACUUUCCUGAAAGCGAGACUGGUUUGCUCGGUGCCAGGACUGAACGGAAUUGAUACAUAUUUUGAUGAAUUAGAGGAUGUUUUUUUGGUGCACACAAGAGACCACAAGAACCCAGUGAUAUUUGGACUAUUUAACACUACCAGUAAUAUAUUCAGAGGGCAUGCUAUAUGUGUCUAUCAUAUGUCUAGCAUCCGGGCGGCUUUCAAUGGACCCUACGCACAUAAGGAAGGACCUGAAUAUCACUGGUCACUCUAUGAAGGGAAAGUACCCUAUCCACGGCCAGGUUCUUGUGCCAGCAAAGUGAAUGGAGGGAGGUAUGGAUCCACCAAAGACUAUCCUGAUGAUGCUAUCCGCUUUGCAAGAAGCCAUCCACUUAUGUACCAGCCCAUAAAGCCUGUCCAUAAAAAACCAAUACUGGUAAAAACAGAUGGAAGAUAUAACCUGAAACAAAUAGCAGUGGAUCAAGUAGAAGCAGAGGAUGGCCAAUAUGAUGUCUUGUUUAUUGGGACAGAUAAUGGAAUUGUGUUGAAAAUAAUCACAAUUUACAACCAAGAAACAGAAUCAAUGGAGGAAGUAAUUCUAGAAGAACUUCAGAUAUUCAAGGAUCCAGUUCCUAUUAUUUCUAUGGAGAUUUCUUCAAAGAGACAACAACUGUACAUUGGAUCUGCUUCUGCCGUGGCCCAAGUCAGAUUCCAUCAAUGUGACAUGUAUGGAAGCGCCUGUGCUGACUGCUGCCUGGCUCGAGACCCUUACUGUGCCUGGGAUGGCAUAUCCUGUUCCCGGUAUUACCCAACAGGCACACAUGCAAAAAGGCGGUUCCGCAGACAAGACGUUCGGCAUGGAAAUGCAGCUCAGCAAUGCUUUGGACAGCAAUUUGUCGGGGAUGUUUUGGACAUGACUGAAGAGCAGCUGGUGUAUGGCGUAGAGAACAACAGCACGCUGCUGGAAUGCACACCGCGCUCCUUGCAAGCAAAAGUCAUCUGGUUUGUACAGAAAGGACAUGACACAAGAAAAGAGGAGGUGAAGACAGAUGACAGAGUGGUUAAGAUGGACCUCGGUUUACUCUUCCUAAGGGUACGCAAAAUAGAUUCUGGUACCUACGUUUGCCAGACAGUAGAGCAUAGUUUUGUCCACACUGUCCGCAAAAUCACCCUGGAGGUUGUGGAAGAGGAGAGAGUGGAGGAAAUGUUUAACAAAGACUAUGAAGAGGGCAGGUCUCACAAGAUGCCUUGUCCUGCUCACAGCAGCAUCCCGCAGGGGACAAAGCCGUGGUACAAGGAAUUCUUGCAGCUGAUUGGUUAUAGCAACUUCCAGAGAGUGGAAGAAUACUGUGAAAAGGUAUGGUGCACAGAUAAGAAGAGGAAAAAGCAUAAAAUGUCACCUUCCAAGUGGAAGUAUGCCAACCCACAGGAAAAGAAGCUCCGCGCGAGAGCGGAGCACUAUCGCCUGCCCAGGCACGCGCUGGACUCCUGAUGGGGUGCAACCAUCGACAGGCUUCUGGAGAGUGUAUAUUCGGGACCUGAAAGUAAAAGAAUGAGAAAUCAUCCAGCUUCUUUGCAUUAAAGAGAUUUCUGUAAUACAGAAAUGACUGUAAAGGUGUUAUGAUAAAUUAUUCUACAUACUCAUUUGACUUGUUAAGCAUCACAUAAAAUUAACUAAUAUUUUUUAGGUAUUUGGUUUAAUAGUUUCACAUUAUAUUUAUCUAAAAGUGACCAUAGCUGCAGUUUUGAGCACCUGACUGCUUUUUCAUGGCAAUUAUUACUUUACUCUUGCAAGACUUAAGACAAUGAGAAUAUUGGUGAAAAUUUAGAGAUUUUAAUAAUGGUGGAAAAAAUAAAAAGGGUUUUAAUCUUUUUGAAUUUGGCUUUCACCACCAUGUAAAACAUAGAUAGCAUCACAUACUUUAACAUUCUCUUGCGAACUGUCCAUACUUUUUAAGGAUUAUUGUAUUAGUGUUGGCAGAGCCAUGAGUUUGAUGGAGUGGGGGUACUGUAAUUAUUGUAAACCAUGAGAGAAAAACUGUGGUCAACUUGAAAUUUGUGCCCUUCAUAAAACAUUCAUUAAACCACAUUUCCAGUAUCUGUUUCAUGAUGAAAACACAUUCUUUCAAUUUUACUCCAGAAUGGAGUGAAGCAGAAGAAUGAAGUGAAGGUAACUUCUCAGAAAGAUCUCAAAGAAUGUCAACAGAUGGGAGUUACAGUCUGAACUGUAAUUGAAAAAAUCUGCUGCCCUCUUGUGGUAGAAAAGUAUAUUCUCUCUUUUUUUUUUUACAGUUUGUCUAGUAAAGAUUUGAAAGCAGUGUCUCAGUAAGUACAUCUAAUCCAUUUUCAGAAAAACCUAACUGAAAUAAAACUGUAUUAAUGCUUAUCUCAUUAUUACCUCAUUAGCCCAAAAUGAUAUUACAGCACUGAAGCUCUAUAAAACUUAAAUUUUAUGCCUUCUAAAUAAUCUUCCCUGAAAUAUAAAAUAGAUUCCCAAAACAAUAUUUUAUUUCUGAAAAAAUAGUAAAGCGUUUUGCUCUCAGAUAUCAAAUUUUCCUCUAUUUUAUAUUAAAAAAUGGGUGAUUAUUUAAUGAGUUCACUUAACCACCAAAUUUUUCAGAGCACUUUUAAUUAUUUCUUAUACAUAGUAUCAAGAAAUUUUAUUUUUGAAAAUGUUUAUUUUCUGAAUUUUUUCUCCUGUUUUACUUAGCAAUUACUUUUCUAAAAUAUAAUUUUUGACAUUAUUCCUUUAAAUAAAAAUUAAAAGCUAGUGAAUUACACCCAAAAAGACAAAUAUGAAUAUUUAAAUGUUUAUUUUAAACAAAAUUCAUUUCAGCUUUCAAAAUUAGCAUAGAAGCUAUAUAAAUAAGAAAGUAUUGAUAACCUCAUAAUGACUUUUCAUUUUAUUCUAAAAUUAACAAAUACAUAAAUGUCUUAAGAUAGUUUAAAAAGUUCAUUCAGUAAGCUGCACAGGUCUAAAGGAUACAAAUAUAUUGAAAAUUAACAUUCUCUGAAAAACCCAGUUGCUAUUUACAUAGGAAUCCACAGGAGGUCAUUGCUGCCCACCAAUAUUAACCGGAAACAAAGUACUGGAAGUCACAGAUAUUUUAAAAGGACUGCAUUUCAGUAAAAGCUACCUAAUGUAGAAGAAUAGAUCCAUAGACACAGAUUGCAGGACCCUUAGCAAAGUUCAAGUCUGAAACACUUUUCAAAGUGAACAGAUAAGUCAAUAAAAUACAAUGUAUUGAAAAUAUUUUCCAUUAACACAAGAUAAGGGAAAUCAGAAUUUUCCCUGUAUUUGAGUUUUUAAAAAAAGUAAUGCAGAUAUGGCAUAAGUAGUUAGCAUUUUGAUCUCAACACAUGCAAGCAGCUAGUAAUAAUGGCAACAAGAACGUCACUUGUGAACUAAAAUAUUUGGUAACUGAAGAAAUAAAACUGAGGAAAACAACUUUUCCAUCACUGGUCUUAAGAACUGAAUGAACCUACACACAGUUUGACUAAAAUGAAUUAACCAGAAAAAAAUAUUUUAAGUAAAAUGCUCAACUUGAUUCUAGAAAAAUAAAUAAAACCCCAAAACAUUUUUGAAGUCUCAAGUCCACAGUUUAGUGAGAGCACUAAUUUCCAUCCAUGUGUGCAUAUACAUACACGUGCUUUUAAAUUUUUUCCAUCUUUUCUCUCUCCUCACCCACCCUGCUCCCUUUCCUCCCCAUGCCUGCAGGUGUGUGGUACACGCACACACAUCGUGGCAUGCUUUAAGAGAAACCCAUUGCCCUCUCAAAAGACAAACCAACAGCCUAUGUUGCUCUGUCCCUGAGCAUCUGAGAGGUACAACAAAAACAUAUUUCUAGUCUUUUUUUCUUUCUGGAGUUCCAAUUCAGAUUCAGAAUCUUGUUUGAGAAAUGCCCACUUGGAAAAUCACAAAUGAAUUGAUAAGAUUUAUGCCCUCUUUCUUGAACUUGGGAAAGGAAUAUGCUUAACUACUUGCAACACUUGAAAGAAUUAAGAGUUUGCCCAGAACCCACCACAUUUCCCCCAGAUAUAAACUCAGUGAAGGAGAGAGGGAAACAAAUCUUAAAAAUAUCACAACCACCAACCCUGGUUUCAAAGGGGCACCUCAGUUCAGGGUCAGUCGCCUGCUCCCUCAGAUCCGUACUACAUUAUUGUUCUCUGUUAAGAGCGAGGACCUGUGGAUGGAAUGGGCACUAACCUCAAAAUGUACCCCCCCACUUUCAGUUUUACAUCACCCAUAGAGCUAGCAAUGCAAGUCUGUUAGCAAGGGUUACAACCUGAAGGUAUUUUUUGUCAUGAUUUGUGGCAUUUCCAUGCCUAACAUCCUACAUUACUAAUUUUUCUUUUGCUGUUUAUUACUGAAUAGCUCAGCACAAAAUGACCAAUUUGGGGAAACAGGGAUUAAGAAUAGAAUUAAAUACUAAUAAGGGCUCUAGGGGAAAAAAAGGGAACAGAAAGUCGUUGCCUAUUUAUUAAGUGGCAAUUCCAUAUAUAUUUUAGAGUUGUUUCCUUCCCAAAAGUAGUUACGUACUUAAUGAUGUUUUUAUUGUGUUUACUAUUUGCUAUAGGGUGUAGGGUUUUGUAAAUCUUAACAGUGAUUAUAAACAUUUGUAAAGUUUGUAAAAUACAAUAAAUCAUUUUGAGUGUUGGUGAUAAGCAUGAAACAAACACAGCAGCUGUGGUCCUUAAAAAUGGAUUGUCUUUAGUCUGAUAGAUAAAGAAGAUCACUGGGCAUUGUGUAGAUAUUUGAGAUCCCAAAGGGAAGUGCUGUGGUUAUGAGGGCAGUAGGAAGUCAGGGGUAUCACACCAAGUUACUGUCUCUAAACCAUUGCUCAUUUUUAAGGACAACACUGUUGCAUUUAAACCAGAUAUAAAUACUAGAUUUCCACAAACACUCUUUUGAUUGUAAUGUGUUAUUUAAGCUGGCAUGUUUAUUUUCUUUUUCUGGGAAGAUAGCGUUCUAUUUUGGCCUUCAUUGUAAAUUGAAUGUGUUCUGUUUGUCACAAGCUAGAGUACUAUGUUGAAGUGUUCUUGUCUGGGUGGCUUCUUUCAUGUGCUCGCCUGUGUCCAUAGAGCAUGUGCCAGGUUGCUUCUCUUCACUGACUGUAAGCCAGGAGACAUCAUCUGGGGGCAAGCGGCAGAAACCAUUGAUCGUCCCAUUGCUCUCGCGUGGAUCUGCCGCUGUGCACUGCAUCAUUUUUCUGUACCAUUAUGUACAAUUUCUAUUUAGUCCAACUUAGAUGAUAAAUAAACAUUUGCUAAAACUU